UUUCACUACUAAAGAGUCGCAGCUCAAUAGCUGUGCCGACGUUUUAACGGAAGAUUCAAGGCAUAACAGAACAUGUAAACUAUAUUGUUUUACAAUUACCAGAAAAUCCGACACUGGCAUGCUGCAUUGGUACGAAGACGGCAGUCGAUGGGUGAACGCAUGGAAUGCGGUGGAUGUGGUGGGGGAUGAUGGACUGCUGCAGCGCGGUCACGUGAUUGACCUACAGGAAAGCGAUGGCCAUGCGCGGCGUCUGCUCGUAGAUUUCGGAUGCCCGGGACAGGAGUCGGUGCUGGUGGAUUACGGGAAGGUUUUCAAUGGCUUCCGGACCGCUCACGACUGGGUAACAGCAUGGGAAAAAGAGGGGGAUCGUAGCAGCUGUUUUGAAUACGGACUCCGCAGAUGGGGAACAGAGGGGGAUCAUAACAGCUGUUUUGCGUACGAACUCCGCUCGUCAGAGGCGGAGAUACCUACUGCCGAGGUGUUGCUCCGCGCGCAUUACGAUCAGCCCUGGAAAUGGUACCCAGCGAAUGUCGUCAUCUUCCAGGUGGCCGGUCUGGCGCAAUACGCUCUUGUGGAGGUCAUGCUGGGCGGCCGUGCAGUCCGGGAACUGCUGCCUUACGUACAGAUUCGGCAACCACCUUCGGCGGAAGAGCUUCGAUGCCAAGCAUUGCAACCGGGUCAUUUCAUUUUCCCUCGAAACUGGGGUGAUGAAUUUUACUGGAAAUGGUCAGCACCGAAAUCGAACCUGUUCCAGUGCCGAGGUACAGAACGUCAGCACUUGCAGUGCCGAUUGAUCGACCUUCCCAGUCCUUACAGUCAACGGCGCCGUGUCUUGCCGGCUUUAUACCAGAAUAUGAAAACGACCAACUUUCGACCCGAGAUUCCGGACACAAACGGUCUGGACGACUUUGACACCAGCAUCCUAACCACCCGAGAGCGCGGCCUGAUACUGCCAGUAAUACUUUUAGUGGAAGUGUUCCAGUCACUGGAAGUCCUCGAUCGGCUGCGCUGCCGACGCACUUGUUGGCUGUGGGACGACAUCCUGGCUUCCCCGAAAGUGGUGCAACAGCUUUGUGUGACACUGCCAGACUGCGUGGGCUCAUCAUUACGUCAGCAGACAGACUACCGCAUCGCCAGGUACCUCGCCCACAGCUGUAUUUUAAAGCAUGUCACUUCCGCCACCAGAACAAUCUGUUUGCGGGACUUUCGUAGCCGGCAAGAAUUGAGCGAGAAAACCACUCACUGCACACCGGCUGGUGACACGAUCCACUUUAUCGAACAAGUCCUACGGCAUGCCGGCGUCCGCGUUGACCGUUUGGUGUUAUGCCGGUACUCGCUGUCGCAGGCCUUGGGAUUUCGGGAGAACUACGCGGUCCCACUACUCAACGACUUGGAGCCUCAGCAUUCCACUCUGAAGCUCUGCUGUGGUCGGAUUGUGUGGAAGAACUACCAUCCGCGGUUCGCUAAAGAGAUUCUAUUACAGCUUCCAGAUGCCGCUCUCUGUUUGAACGACAUUAAUCAAGCACUGCUUUGAUGACGUUGGUCAAGAACCGUCUAGAGCAAUGGGUAGGAGGACUGCCGACAGACGCUUACGUUCUAUUCCGAGGGUUGACUGAGACUUUGGUGAAUACCUUUGGCGGUGUGUAUCUGACGAAAAAAAAUUCGCUGAAGGAAUAAUGAAAAAUUUAUUCAGCGGCCACUGGCUGUUGUGUCGUAAUGUUAAGCAAUAAUUGACCACCUUUUUAAACCUGGAUGCGAUUUAACCCGGCACUUAAUUUUGAAGCAUUACUUUCAUAAAAGCGCUACGAUUUUUGAAAUACAGUAUAAACUUUGAUUCUCUUACCGUACAUUGUGCGUGGAUCAUUGAUAAAUAUCACAUAUGACCAUAAAUUUGACUAGCAGAACAAA